UAAAAAAAAAAAAUCCUUACCCGGCAAAUGCUAAUCAUUUCUCCCUUCUCAAAAGCUCAAAAAGAUUUCAAUUUUACUUCUCUUCUCCAUCAAAAUUCAAUUUUCUCUCCAUUUCCAUCCAAAUUCCCCAAAACCCAAAUUCCAAAACUGCAUAAUCUUGACAUAUUUGUGAUCAAAAUUUAAUCUUGUUUGUCCCUGUAUAUAUAAUUACAGAUUCUGGGUUCUUGGGAAUUUCAUCUGAAAAUUUUCCCCUUGUCAAUUUCCUCACAAAUCCCCCAAAACGCAUCGUAUGACUUGUUCUUUUUAGUACAAGUCUGACUUAAGGUCGAGGAGGCAGGGAAGAAAAGAAAUAUAACAGAAGUAUGAGUUUUCAAGAUUUGGAAUCGGGUCGACCUUUGGCGCCUCGUCAGUUUCAUACAAAUGGGAAGCAAGACCCGACCCAAGAAGUGGCUUCUGGAAUCUUCCAGAUCAAUACUGCUGUGUCUACGUUUCAGAGGCUAGUGAAUACACUUGGUACCCCAAAAGAUACACCUGAGCUACGUGAAAAGUUGCACAAGACAAGGGUACAUAUUGGCCAGUUAGUCAAAGAUACAUCUGCAAAACUUAAGCAAGCAAGUGAAAUAGAUCAUCAUGCUGAUGUCAGUGCUAGCAAGAAAAUAACUGAUGCAAAACUUGCUAAAGAUUUUCAAGCUGUCUUGAAAGAGUUUCAAAAGGCUCAGAGACUUGCAGCAGAGAGGGAGACAGCAUAUACACCUUUCAUUCCCCAAGCCGUUCUUCCUUCUAGUUACACAGCCAGUGAGAUAGAUGUUGCUUCAGAUAAGAGUCAGGAACAGCGGGCUCUCCUUGUGGAAUCAAGAAGACAGGAUGUUUUGCAUUUACACAAUGAGAUUGCUUUUAAUGAAGCUAUUAUCGAGGAAAGAGAUCUGGGAAUACAAGAAGUACAACAACAGAUUGGUGAAGUGAAUGAGAUUUUCAAGGAUCUUGCCGUGCUUGUUCACGAGCAAGGAACUAUGAUUGAUGAUAUUGGCUCCAAUAUUGAGAGUUCUCAUGCUACUACUUCACAGGGGAGAUCGCAACUUGCUAAAGCUGCAAAGACCCAAAGAUCAAAUUCAUCUCUGACCUGCUUGCUUCUGGUGAUAUUUGGGAUCAUACUUGUAAUUGUGAUCAUAGUACUUGCAGUAUGAUGAGAAGAUUUUGAUAUGGAGAAAGAGAUACUAAACUCUUCAUCAAUGGAAUUGAUCUUUGUGAUUCAAGAUGUUCUUAAGGCACCAUAAAGUAUACUUGUAGUGUGAUCCAUGAAUCUUUUAGUCAUGCUAGAGAAGUUGUGCAACUGUGACAUGAAGAUCCCUGGACAUGUGAGGGAGGGUUUGUCUGCUAUGUUUGUAAAUUUUGUGUUGUGUUUGCAAUUGUGUGUUGCUGCGCUGGUUUGUUAAUAAAAUUUGAUUCUUAUUUGGA